UCUAACCCACCUCCUUCCGUCGGAGGCAGCCGUCGUGCGCGAGCGAGCGACGACGUCAGCCAGAGCGAGGGAGCCCGCGGCGCCGUGACUGGCCACCGACGGAGCCCAUCGAACUGAACCUCCCCGUGGCCCACCACUUCUUCCACCUUCCUUCUUCCGCAACGAGCGGAUCGGCCGCACCGACCACUGGCCUCACCACCGCGCCGCCGCCUCCCUCCUCGCGCGCCGCCGCCUUCCUCCCCGCGCGCAGCACCGCCCGACCUCAUCCUCCCUGCCCCCGCCUCCUCCCCUUCGCCAGUGCGCCUCCACCUCCCGGCCGCCGGCGCGGCUCCACCUCCUCGUCCCGACCGGCCAGGUGAUGCGCGCGCAUCAGUUCGCGUGAGGCCCGGCCGCCAGGCACCCUUUCGCCAUCUGGCGCGACGCCAUGGGUAAAGCCAGAGAUGGAGCUAUUCCAGCAACGGCACCUGCGACGUCAGUCCACCGACGUGCUUGGCACCGUCCACAACUCCAUCGCGCUCGAGCUUAUGCUCUAGAUCAUCUUCUUCAAUGCUCCGGCCACGGUUCCCCACUGCCAACACGAGAUCCCAACCACUUCUUUUGUAAAAACUAAAGUUAUCUGUCGGAUUAGCUCCUUCAUCGGUUUCUGAAGAUGGGAAGUUCAGAGUUUGAGCAAGCGAAGGCACACUUGCACGUCGACUGUGCUCAGCCACCAGCAAUAACUUGGCAGAGGAAAUUCGAUGAUGAAGGCAAGAAGGUUGCUAUGCUUAGCAUGACCACUGAUAUCUUCACAAUUAUACCAUUGAUUUUUAAAAUGCUUCGAUUACACGUCGAAGGAAUCGCGAAAAACCAAGUCGUCGUAUAUGAUCCGCUCAGGAAAUGGAUGGACAACUGCUACCGCGGGGUACCCCUUGGCGGACUAGGUUCAGGAAGCAUAGGGAGAAGCUACCGAGGGUACUUUCAGCAGUUUCAAAUAUUCCCCAGGAUCUAUGAAGAGAAGCCUGUCCUUGCCAACCAGUUCUCAGCAUUCGUCUCGCAUCCUGGCGGGAAGAGCUACUCGACGGUGUUGAAACUGGCAUGCUGCUAUUUUUGUCAGGCUCGCCUUUUCGAUGCGCAAAAUGAUGAGGGAUAAAGCUCUGGUCAGGAGACUUUCUGCAUGCGAGACAAUGGGUUCUGCAACAACAAGUUUUGGUUAUAUUGAUACCUAAUAAUAGCAUGUGCUCAUUUUUGAAUUGAAACAAAAAGAGUCUCUCUAAUAAUAAAUGGGCUGUCUAAUAAUAAGUUCUAAGGAAAUAAAUAUAGAAGUUCAUAUUUCAAAACAAAUGAAGUAUUUUGGAAGUAGAAUAAACUAUUUCAAAGUACACAAAUUAUAUUUAGGUAUCUUUGUGUACUUCAACUUACUGUACAUGAACUUGUUCUUUUUACGUGAACUUGUACAUUUGCCCAUCCGUCAAACAGUUUGAGUUGCACUUUUUUUUGCCAUAUUUGAUCUAUCAUAUUUCUCUAGUUCCAUCUCGUUCGUGAGUUCUUUUGACCGAGAGCUAGUAAGAUCAAACAUGAAUUUACAUCAGUUCAAAAAACAGAUUGUUGGGAAAUAAGAUUAAGAC